AUGGUCCUGCAUGACAACGUAAAGGAUCCUAUACAAGAUACACUAUUGGAUGCCAUGAUACCUUGUCCCUAUUUGCACGUGUCCCGUUUAUGGCGUGAUCGGAUCAUUGAAGCAAGCGGUGGUGCAUUGAGUUUUAUCAUUUUUACGGAUCGAGAGGAUUAUACAUACCACCAGCUCAAUGAGCUUUCCCAGUAUGCAACGUCAUUGCGUGUUACCAGAUGUUCAACAGGCCAAUGGCUACGAGAUGUUUUGAGUAAUACCGAUCUACGUUCCUUAAGAGAGCUUCGUAUUGAUGCUUUCAUCGACUAUGAUUAUACACAUAUGCGUUUAGCAUUGCCCUACAUCAGCAGCACGUUGACCCAUUUAUCGAUUUCUCUACCGAAUGGAUACACACCACCCGUACCCAGUCUAUUGGUGAUUUGUCCCCAUUUGAUAUCGUUGCAAGUGUUUGAAGCCUACGAUAUCGAUUUACAAUCACUCCCAAGGGCAACCUUAUUCCCGAAUCUGACAACGUUGCGACUGGACUGUACACUGAAACAAAUUAGCUGUGACAAGGUGCUAGCAAUGUUGCAUCGAUUUCCAUCACUCAAGCAUCUUGCACUAAAUCCCUGUCCUGAUCCACGAUCCAUCUUUAUGAUUCAACACCAUUGUCCAUUGCUGAAAUCACUUGAGCUUGGGAUAUGCGUUGUUGGUACCAUUCUUCCGUGUGUUGAGGAUGCAUCUCAAAGUGACGAUCACAUGGAUGGGAAAGGUCUGCAGCGACUUUAUCUUUGUGGUACACAAGCAACCCGGUACUCUUGGAAUGAUGUGCAUGGCUUAUUGAAUCAACACCACAACACACUUGAGCGAAUCGAAUUGAAUGUCACGAUUUCCAAGCAUGAUGAUGAUGGUGAUGAUCCAAUCACCAACGUACCUUUUCCUUGCCUCAAGAAGCUCUCUUUGCAUCAUAUGAGUCAAUCGGAUCCCUGUUUUGGAUGGUGGCUUUCUGGAUCAGCUCCAUGCCUUGAAGAAUUGCAUUUAACAGCCAACGUCAUCAUGUCCAAUCCUGCUGUACUCGACACCACACCUCCCGAAUUAAAAAUGCUGGGGAUACGACUGGAUACCACAUACAACUGGAAUCGCCAUGCAGACUUGAAAGACUAUCUUUGUCGUCUUAUACAAAAAGCAUGUCCAUUGGAAACCCUGGUGAUUCACUCAAACUGUGCCACAUAUGACAUUACUACUGAAGAGACAGUGAAGGCUGCCGCUGGACUCAAUCAUUUGCAGCAUUUGAUCCUUGGAUUUUCUCGCGACAUGUACGACAUGGAGCAUUAUCUUCAAGUACUCGCCAAACGAUGUCGGCAUUUAACACGGCUUGAAAUCAAAUGCAAGAACGUACCAGUGCAAUAUUCCUUGACAUGCCUUUCACAGCUCCCACAGCUUAAGCAACUCACACUUCCCGUUGGCUACGGUGCCACAGCUGAAUUUUUCGACCCUCUGUUGGUGUUUUUUCCACAGCUACAGUGUUUGGCAUUAUACCCUGAAAAUGCAGCAUUCUCGCUUGACCUCAAACAUUUCAAAAAAGAGAGACCGGAUGUCAAAGUCAUGCUUCUCAAACAAUUUGAAAGCUUUUCAACCUUGGCGGGAUCUUUAUUGUAA